AUGACGGCAGUGGUGAAUGAGUUCCUUAAGCGCGGUGUACGAGCGUUAGCAGCUCGCCAGGAUUCCGUUCUUGUGAUGGGUAACGAAGGAGGUGACAUGGACACCGUGAUUGGCUCUAUAUUUCUGGCGAUGUACCUGGAAAAGCGUGACGUAUUUGGUGUUGGUAGUUACGUUCCUGUACUAAACUUCGAAAAGGAUGACUUACCACUGCGACAAGAUGUGGUUAAGUUACUGUCACGACACAACGUUUCUACAGACAGUAUUUACUCAGUCAAGCAAAGUGGGAAUGGUGUGGAUUUCCUGGACCUACAUCAAAUGAAGCUUCCCAUCGUUUUGUAUGAUCACAACAAGCUAAGUCCUGAGCAGGUUUAUUUGGGAGAAAGGAUCGUGGGUGUGGUCGACCAUCACGAAGAUGAGCAACUAUACGUGGAUCAGACCAAAUGCCUCCGAAGGAUUUGCAAGACGGGUUCGGCUUGCACCCUUGUUGCAGAACUUUUCAACGAGGCGGGGUUGGAGGUUCCGUGCCCUGAGCUCCUCUUAGCCCCAAUUGUAGUAGAUACUGUAAACUUUGAACCGUCGCAAAAGAGGGUAACUGAACGAGACAUUUUGGCCUCCAGGCUGCUGGUUGGGCGGGACGAUUGCGGCGACUACCUGACGGGCAUGUUUAAAGAACUAAUGGCGUGGAAAAAUGAUAUCCACUGCCUCACUGUUCCUCAGCACCUACGGCGGGACUAUAAAAACUUUGAAUUUCCCUUUAUUAGUGCUGAAAACAAGAUAUUGCGAGUUGGAAUAAGCAGUAUUUCGUGUCGUUCUGACGAAUUACUAUCCGUCCAUGGUGUGAGUAGUGUGUCAUCAAAUUGCAUUGAAUUCAUCAAACAGAGGUCAAUCGACAUGCUUCUCUUGACCUUCGCUGGUGAAAGAACUCCAGGGAGUUACUGUCGUCAGUUAGGUGUUGUUGCGAAGGAUGAGGGACUCGCGGCUCUGCAAGCCUAUUGUAAGAAAUCACCCAGCGGGCUCGACUUUACUCUUCUGGAGGAUGUAACAGUUAAUGAGUGGGCCUUUUCAAUUUACGAGCUGAGCGACCCUUCCGUGUCUCGGAAAAAGUUGGUUCCAUCGCUGACUAGUUUUUUGUCAGUGUGGAACAAUUUGUAA